AUGAGGAUUCUUGAGUUUCAGACAUCUUUCAAUGUGUUUGACAAAGAUGGAGAUGGGUGCAUAAAUAUAGAAGAACUGGGUAUAGUGAUGAGGUCUUUGGAUCAAAAUCCAAGUGAGAAAGAGCUCCGCGACAUGAUCAACGAGGUCGACUCCGACGGAAACGGGACCAUAGAUUUCGAUGAAUUCUUGAACCUCAUGACUGCCAAGGAAAAGAAAAUUGAUGCAGACAAUGAGCUCAAAGAAGCUUUCAAAGUUUUUGAUAAAGAUCAGAAUGGUUAUAUAUCAGCUAAUGAGCUUCGGCAGACGAUGAUUAAUUUAGGGGAGAAAUUAACAGUUGAAGAGGUGGAACAGAUGGUUAGAGAGGCUGAUUUGGAUGGUGAUGGACAAAUUAGUUUUGAUGAAUUUGUCAAGACCAUGGCCACUGCUACUAAUUAG